AACUAACGGUAUCAGAGUAAAACCCUGGCACUGCUUGGUUUCCUUGCGCGCUGCCUAGGGUUUAUUCUUCACUUUCAGACCACCGAUUAUGGCCAUGGAAGGCCUUGAGAUGGAGGCAUCCUUCGAAUUUGAAUCCAACGAUGACUUCUGUGACUUGAUUCUCUCACGUUUCAGCAAUUCCAGCAAUGAAAAUCAUCAGCAUGUUUGCGCCGUCAUUGGCGCCAUGGCUCAGGAGCUCAGAGACCAGAGUCUUCCUUCCACUCCAGUUGCCUACUUCGGCGCCUCUUGUUCGUCUUUAGACCGUAUCUCCUCUGAGCCUGACCCGCCGCCUCAUCUUCUUGACGCGCUUCUUACCAUUCUGUCUCUGCUUCUCCCGCGAAUUUCCCCUCCGAUUUUGAAUAAGAAGAAGGAGUUUUUGUCGGGCCUUCUUAUUCGCGUUCUUCGUAUACCGUCGUUGACACCCGGUGCGGUUACAUUCGGACUUAAUUGUGUUUCGCAUUUGGUGGUUGUUAGGAAUGCUGUUAACUGGUCGGAUGUGUCUAAUUUGUUCGGGUUUAUUCUUGGGUUCGCUAUUGAUUCGCGCCCUAAGGUUAGAAGGCAAUCGCACAUUUGUCUUCGGGAUGUCUUGUUAAAAGUUCAGGGAACGUCACUCCUCCCUUCUGCUAGCGAAGGGAUCACCAAUGUUCUUGAAAAAUCUCUUUUACUCGCGGGUGGCUCAAACCCGACGGCUACUGAAAGACCUAAAGGAGCUCAGGAGGUUCUAUUUAUUUUGGAGGCUUUGCGGGAGUGUCUACCUCUCUUGUCAAUGAAGUAUAUUACUAACAUACUUAAAUACUACAAAACUCUUUUGGAGCUGCACCAACCUGUUGUUACUAAGCGCAUUACGGAUAGUUUGAACUCACUUUGUCUCCACCCAACAGUUGAUGUUUCUGCGGAAGUAUUGCUUGAUCUUUUAUGUUCCAUGGCAUUAUCUUUUUCUACGAGUGAAACAUCUGCAGAUGGCCUGGCUUUCACAGCUCGCCUGCUUAAUGUUGGGAUGCAAAAAGUUUAUAAUGUUAAUAGGCAGAUAUGUGUAGUUAAGCUCCCUGUUGCUUUCAAUGCACUCAAAGAUAUUAUGCUAUCUGAUCAUGAGGAGGCAAUCCGUGCUGCCCAGGAUGCUAUGAAAAAUCUGAUUAGUGCUUGCAUUGAUGAAGACUUGAUCAGAAAGGGUGUGGAUCAGAUUAGGACGACUGAAAACGUGGAACCAAGGAGGUCUGGGCCGACCGUAGUAGAAAAACUAUGUGCUAUUAUAGAAAGUUUACUUGAUUAUCAUUACACUGCUGUUUUCGACUUGGCUUUUCCAGUUGUUUCAGCCAUGUUUGAUAAAUUAGGGAAAUAUUCUUCUUACUUCCUGAAAGGAGCCCUUAAUAGCCUGGCAAACAUGCAGAAAUUGCCAGAUGAAGACUUCCCCUUCCGGAAAGAGUUGCAUGAAUGCCUUGGAUCAGCUCUUGGUGCGAUGGGACCUCAAAGUUUCUUGGAUCUUGUACCUUUUAAUUUGGACACAGAAAACCUAUCAGAGAUUAAUAUUUGGCUCCUUCCAAUAUUGAAGCAAUACACUGUUGGUGCUCAUUUGAGCUAUUUCACGAAGACCAUUUUGGGUAUGAUAGGAGAAAUCAAGCGGAAGUCACAAAGGCUUGAGCAACAGGGCAUGGUCUUUUCAUUGAGGAGUAUGGAUUCGCUUGUUUACUCUUUCUGGUCCUUGCUGCCUUCAUUUUGCAACUAUCCUUUGGAUACUGCUGAAAGCUUUAAGGAUCUUCAAAAAGCUUUAUGCAUUGCUCUUAAAGAGGAACCUGAUGUUCGAGGUAUAAUAUGUUCAAGUCUGCAGAUUCUCAUCCAACAGAAUAAGAGAGUGCUGGAAGGAAAGAAUGAUGAGUCUGAUAUUGAAGUGGGUAUGGCCAGCAAGCUUGCUAUGUCUCAUUAUACCCGAAAGGUGGCAGAAAGUAACCUAUCUGUACUGAAGUCCUCUUCGCCCGAGUUACUGUCUGCUUUGUCAGACAUCUUUCUAACAUCUUCAAAAGAUGGUGGUUAUUUGCAGUCCACAAUUGGAGAAAUUUCUUCAAUAUCAGAUAAAGGUGUUGUGUCAAAUCUCUUCGGAAGGACAAUGAGGAAGCUUUUGAAGCUGACCCAGGAAGCUAAAAAAGUAGAGCCAGAAGUUUCCAAUUCCAUGCAGAUUGAUGAUCCCACAAAUGCAAGUUCACCCUCUCUCAUGAGGGCCCAAAUGUAUGACUUUGCUGUAUCUUUUUUGCCUGGACUGAAUUCCAAAGAGAUUGAUGUUUUAUUCGUUGCAGUAAAAUCUGCAUUAAAAGAACAGGAUUGUGAAGGUUUGAUACAGAAGAAGGCAUAUAAGGUUCUCUCAGCUAUUCUCAAGAAUUCUGAUGAGUUCCUUUCCUCAAAGUUCGAUGAAUUGCUUACACUUAUGAUUGAAGUGUUGCCUUUAUGCCAUUUUUCUGCCAAACGUCACAGACUCGAUUGUCUAUACUUUCUGAUUGUCCAAGUUACAAAGGAGGAUUCAGGGUUGAGACGGCAUGACAUCAUUAGUUCAUUUUUGACUGAAAUAAUACUUGCGCUCAAAGAGGCUAAUAAGAAAACAAGAAACAGAGCUUAUGAUAUUCUUGUUCAGAUUGGUCAUGCAUGUAUGGACGAUAACAAAGGGGGAAAGAUAGACUAUCUGUAUCAGCUUUUCAAUAUGGUAGCUGGAGGUCUUGCUGGUGAAACUCCACAUAUGAUCAGUGCUGCAAUAAAAGGAUUAGCUCGCUUGGCUUAUGAAUUCUCUGAUCUAGUUUCAGCAGCUUGCAAUUUGCUGCCAUCUACCUUUUUGCUUCUCCAAAGAAAGAACAGGGAAAUAAUCAAAGCCAAUUUGGGAUUUUUAAAGGUUUUGGUGGCCAGAUCAAACGGUGAAGUGUUGCAGAUGCACUUAUCGAGUUUGGUGGAAGGCUUGCUUAAGUGGCAAGAUGGCCCAAAAAAUCACUUCAAAGCUAAAGUUAAGCAGUUACUUGAAAUGCUUGUCAGAAAAUGUGGCUUGGAUGCGGUCAAGGUUGUGAUGCCUGAAGAACACAUGAAACUUCUUACCAACAUUAGGAAGAUCAGAGAACGGAAAGAAAAGAAGGUUAAAUCUGAGGGUGCUAGGUCUAUGGUGUCGAAAGCAACAUCCAGGAUGAGUAGAUGGAAUCAUUCAAGAAUUUUUUCGGAAGUCGGUGAUGAUGAGACUGAAGACAGUGGUGCUGAAUACUUGGGGGAAAGUGAUUCAGAAUUUGGGGAUGCUAGAAAAAGUCGACCAUCAAAGGGUUCCUCACACCUCAAAUCCAAGACCUCUAAACGUCCCAAGAACCGGUCAACCAUGAGUUUACUUGAACGCUUGCCCGACCAAUUGGAAGAUGAGCCUCUUGACUUGCUUGAUCAACAAAGAACAAGAUAUGCUCUUCAAUCAUCAGCGCAUCUAAAGCGGAAGACAGAUUUGUCAGAUGGUGAGAUGAAGAUCGACGACGAGGGACGUUUAAUAAUUGCCGAUGAUGAUGAUGAAACAAAGAACAAGAGAAAAGCUUCCAACCGUGAUUUAGAUGAAAGGAGUGAAGUUGGGAGUCACUUUUCAAAUGGUUCCUCCAAGAAAAUUCAAAAGCGCAGAAGAACAUCAGACUCUGGGUGGGCUUACACUGGUACCGAGUAUGCUAGCAAGAAGGCUGGAGGGGAUGUUAAGAGGAAGGACAAGCUUGAACCUUAUGCAUAUUGGCCCCUUGAUCGGAAGAUGAUGAGCCGUCGACCGGAGCAUCGAGCCGCUGCUCGGAAAGGAAUGGUUAGUGUGGUAAAUAUGACAAAGAAACUUGAAGGCAAGAGUGCCUCAAGUAUUCUGUCAAGCAAAGGUUCCAAGAUUAGGAAGAGUCACAACAAAGGUGGCAAGAAGAAGGGCAAGAAGUAGAAAGAAAACCCUAAAACCUCAAAUGAGUCUAUAGGUUAAGGUUACAUAUAAUUCUUUUUCCUUCAGAAAAAUCUCAAAUGAGUUGCUGUAUAUUUUUCCCCCGUUUCACUUUUGCUUGAAGAAGGGUUCCAUUGUUUUGUCACAGUUUUGUUUGGAGCUUGUGUACUUAAUAAUGAUAUAUUGUGGAAUAAUUUAUUUAUUCAAUGUGACAUUCGAAUAUUUAGUUAUA